UUUUGCAAUCGAAACAUCAUCGGUGGAGGAGCGCCGGCCUCGGCACAGUUACAGCGAAUCGCGGGAAAGCAGGAGUUGACAAUGGAACUCUGGGCGCUGGCUUGCGCUGCUUUGGCAACAGCCUUAGUGGCGUACUCGCAAGGACCGCCUGAAGACGAAAUUCUCUUCCUUCCGGGUCUGGCUGAACAGCCUAACUUCAAGCACUACUCGGGAUUUUUGAAUGCGGGAGCGACGAGAAAAAUGUUCUACUGGUUCGUGGCGAGCCAAGGGACGCCCGAGAAGGACCCUCUCCUGCUGUGGCUGGACGCUGGUCCGGGAUGCAGCGCCAUGGUCAGCAUGUUCAAAGAACACGGUCCGUUUCGUGUCGCCGACGGAGGAAAAAGUCUCGUCGCGAACCCGUACAGCUGGAACAAGCUUGCCAACGUGCUGUACUUGGAGGCGCCCGCAUCUGUCGGCUUCUCCUACGACCUCGUGCGCAACUACACAAGCAACGAUGACUCCACUGUUGACGACAUACAAGGGGCCCUCGAAGAUUUCUUCAAUAAGUUCGGCAGCUUGAAGGCGAACGAUUUCUACCUCUCUGGCAAGGGAAGCGCUGCCACCUACGUCGCCAUGUUGGCAUCCCGCCUGCUCAAAGAUCACAAGGGAAUCAAGCUGAAGGGAUACGCCAUCGGAAACGGGGCGCUUGACUUUCGCUCUAAUGGGAACUCCCUCCUCCUAUUCGGGCAGUACCAUGGUAUACUGGACACACAGUUGUGGAGCCAGCUGUUGUCUUCGUGCUGCAACGGCAGCGCCUCUGAAGAUACAUGCAGCUUCGUCGAGCCGCCUUUCAUAUCUGUGGAUUGCGCCACUGCAGUGGAGGUCGCGGCACACUUGAUCAUAGAGAGAGGCCUCAACAGUUACGACCUUUAUGACACAUGCGUCGGGUUUCAUCCUAACCUUGACAGAGAGUUGAGCGUCGAACGUGAAAGGCGAGACUUGGGGAUGAUAACGCCGCAUCACAGGGCUCGGCAGCUCAUGCUGCGAAGCCUCAACGUGAAAGAACCGGCAAACCUCAACUCAAACCCACCAUGCGUGACUUUCGACGACGUGGCCACCUAUCUGAAUCAACCUCAGGUGCGCAAAGCUUUGCAUAACGCAGAUUCACCGAUGCUCUGGACACCGUGCAGCGACCAUCUGCUUUACGCUACACAGUACAUCACACUGCGAGACGUCGUCAAAGAGCUUGUAGACUCGAAACAAUUGAAGUCGUUGUUCUACAACGGAGACACGGACUUGACUUGCAAUGUUGUCGGCAACCAAAUUUUCGUCGAUAGCCUUGGUUACGAGGUUCUUUCCGAAUACAAGCCUUGGAAACUUGGCGACCAAGUAGCAGGGUAUUACCAGACCUACGAAGGAAACGUCACCUUCGUGACAAUCAAGGGGGCCGGCCACCUCGCUGCACAAACCAAGGCGGAGGAAGCGCUUCACGUUAUUUCAAGACUACUCAAGGGCGACGCAUAAAGAAGUUAACUGUAUACGCGGAUUACUAGGUUCAAAAAUAAAAAAAAGUGCAAUACAAUGAUAUGA